UGGACUCAGCAUCAGCUGGCAGCUGUCCUCUCUUUGUGUUUCCUCACACGUUUGGGCAAUGCUGCAUGGACCUGGGGGACACCUUUUAAUAUUCAUUUUAAGCUUGCGCGAGAAUCUCCUUUGAAUUUCCUCUGCAGACAAAGAAGAAGUGUCUUUUUUUCUUUUUAAGAAAAAUGGAAAAAGAGAGAAAAUCCUCUCAAGUGUGCGGCGCUCUGGAAGAGACGCAGGUGGAUGAAGCGGCGGAGAAAGCAGCAGAUGAUGUCAUUUCCAUGGCCGACUCCACAAUCACCGUCGAGGAUAUUGAAGGAGAGCUGUUCAGAAUCGAACGAAUACGAGACAUUCUCGUGCGGAGAGAGUCAGAGCUGAGAUACAUGAUGGACGACAUCCAGCUCUGCAAAGAAAUCACAAGGCUGAAGCAGGAGUUGCAGAAGCUUGUCUCAAUUCCAGACAAAGACAAGUCCAAAGAGGACAGGGAGAGAGAAGAGAAGCUGCUGCAGCAGAUCAACAAGCUGGUGGAGACCAGAGACUUCCUUGUGGACGACGUAGAGUUUGAAAGGCUGAGGGAGCGAGAGGAAGACAGAGAGAUGGCAGCCUUCUUACAGUCCAAAUUUCCCAAAGCUUUGGCUGCAAAAGGUGCUUCGCAAGAUCGAAAGGUGGCGUCUAAAUCCCAGCAGACCUCAGCGCCGCUUCUCACUAAAACCGGGCUCACGCUGCUGAAAGACUGCUGCGGCUUCACCUGCUCCGUCAUGUGACUCAGAAAACCCAGAAAGUGGGUUCUGCUCAUCUGGACGUUGAGUUUUCAGUGGGAGAAAUGUUUCGUCACACAUCCCAAGUGACGAGACGUUAAUGCAAAAAGUGACAACAGUUGAUGUACGUUUGUUAGUGUGUGUGUGUGUGUGUGUGUGCGUGUGUGUGCACAUAAACAGGCUUCCUCAGUGCUUUCUAGUAUCAGCUGUGUCCUUACAGGAAAGAUUAUAUGUUUGCUGCUGUAAUGUGAAUGACAUGUACUGAAAUAGUUUAUCCGACGUGCUGCUGUGAAAUACCGUGUAUUGCAGCAGGAGAGCUUGCCUCGGUUACAGUACUUAGACUUUAUUGUAGCUGCUCUGACGGUGCCAUUAGCCUUUGAAGAUGUAUUAGAAAGUGGAAAUGUAGAUAUCUCUCUGAGAGCAAACUCUUACCAGUCUCACUUUGGCAUUUGCUGUGGCGGAUUGAUUAAUGUAAUUACAUUGUUAUGACUGUAACUGGGCAUAACUUUUGUUUUUUUAGUAAGAAGUCAUGCAGUAUUUGUUUAAAAAGAAGAUUUAAAAGACGAGUUUCACAUGUGAGAUCUGAUUCGUAGUAAACAACUGUGUCCACUGUUUAGUAAGUUUCAUGUAACUCUUAAUGUAGCAUCUUGGAGUGUUGUAAUAAAGAUUUUUAGUGCU